UCUCACCAACCGACCUCAGGUGGUGAAAAUAGGGGACUGAACAUCAUCCACCCUGGUCCUCAAUUCAGGCACACCACAGGGCUGUGUGCUUAGUCCAGUUCUUUUUACAUUGUUCACUCAUGACUGUCUAGCUAUCCACUUCUCCAACAGGGUUCUAAAGUUUACAGAUGAUACCACUGUAAUGGGUCUGAUAACAAACAAUGAUGAGACCCUGUACAGAGAGGAGAUCCCAAACCUGUCCCAGUGGUGUUCAGUGAACAACCUGGUGCUCAGAAACUCUUGCAUCCAUCCACUCUCAGAAGUUUACGGAUUGUUUUCUCUUUAUUUGGUAAUUAAUUAGAAGAACAGAUGUUGCUUUUUUAAUCAUUAUUGAUCAGUUUUAGGAAUUCAAUCAAAUAAUUUCAGCUCUGAUUGAAAUAUAAAAAUUUUCUGGAUAAAUCACAAAGCAAAAAUGUAUGUGUUGUUGUUGUUGUUUUUAAUUUAGAAGCUAUGCAAAUCAUAGGAUUAUGUAGAAUUUUAAAGUGCACUUCUUUUUGCUUUGUUAGAGAGUCAGUAUUUAUGAAGGAAGAGCCAGGCCUUUCUCCAGUUCAUGCUUUCAGUUUGACCUCUCCAUUAAAACUUACCUUUAGGUACAAUGCUGUCCUUUCUAUGACAGCACUGAUGUAAGUAGUAAGUGUUUAUUGUUUCACAUUAUCUGUUUAAUUCUCUCCAGUGUGAGAGUGAGUGUUUUUGUAAAAUUACUUAAGUGAUUUAUUGUACUAGUUGAGCUAACUCUGGGAAUAGCAUGAGUUAUCUUGUAAAAUUCUCUGAAAGAAACAGGAAAACUGGACAGACAUAAAGUGCUCAUAUAUUGCCACUGAUAUCAAAUAGUCCAGUUUCUAUAAUGGUUACAUGGUCUCUGUCUCCCUUUUCAAUAUGGCGGACAAAUUGACGUGUCGCUCCAAUGACACCUCCGAAAGGAGGGACGUAAAAUGGGCGCGACUUAAUACAGCAUGAUUCUGGUAUUUUUUCAAGUCGUUGUUGUAUUUGAAGUUCUGGAGAGAAGCCAGUAACCGGAUAUACAGCUCAGACAUGGAGAUUAUCGAGGCAAAUAUGGACAGUUUUGGAAUAGAAGUUAUUCUUCCAGAGGAGGGAAAAACAACGCCACGUUGUCCGCAUGGUCCUACUUUACUUUUUGAGAAGGUUGAAAAUGGAGGCAAUAAGGGCAGGCGGUUUUAUGCGUGCUCAGCCUGUCGAGACAGGAAAGACUGCGGCUUUUUUCAGUGGGAAGAUGAAAAGGUGUCAAAAGACAGGAUGCUGGCUAGAGAAGCAGAGAUGCUGUCGAAGAGGCCUCGGUUCACUCAGCAGGAAUGUUGUAGCAGGUUUCUGCAGUUUGCUUCACUCCCAUUUAUUGAGAAGAAGUUCUGUGAGGAUUGUCAGAUUCUCCUCCUGCCUGCAGAGCACAGUGCUCACUCUGCUCACAGGACCACAACGGUCACCGUGGCCCAGCUGAGGAGGCCCAGCAUCCUGCUGCGUCCACUAGACAAUAAGAAGAGCAAUGCCCAGUACCUGUUCACUGAUCGCAGUGCACACUUCCUGCUGGAUACUUUAGCUGGUCUGGGAUAUAAAAAGGUGCUGUGUGUGGGGACACCUAGACUACAGGAACUGAUCAAGCUGAGAAACCUGGAGCCAAUGAAGAGUUUGUUGCUGGACAUUGAUUUCAGAUAUGCUCAGUUCUACAGUCAGGACGAGUUCUGUCAUUACAACAUGUUUAACCAUCACUUCUUUGGCGGAGAGGCCUCCAGAGCUGUUUUGGAUGCAUUCUUGACAGAGGCGGACGGGGAGCAGGUGGUGAUGGUAGCGGACCCUCCAUUCGGCGGACUGGUCAAACCUCUGGCCAACAGUUUCUCCUUGAUAUCCCAAACGUGGAGGAAGCUGCGGAACUCUGGUGACUCUAACAUUGACAUUCCCAUCAUUUGGAUCUUUCCGUACUUCUUUGAGCCUCGCAUCCUGGAGUGUCUCCCUGCACUGACCAUGUUGGACUACCAGGUGGACUAUGACAACCAUCCUCUCUAUAAACACGGGAAGACGGGCAGGAGGCAGUCUCCUGUCAGACUCUUUACUAAUAUUCUACCCAAACACAUUGUUCUGCCCAGAGAGGAGGGCUACAGGUUUUGCUCCAUGUGUCAGAGAUAUGUGUGCUCCCUGAACAAACACUGCACUAAAUGCAAUCUUUGUCCAUCCAAGGAUGGGCGUGAAUGGAAGCACUGCUCAGCAUGUGGGAAAUGUGUGAAACCAUCCUGGAGCCACUGCACGUCCUGUGGCCGCUGCGCUCUGCCGGACCAUCCCUGUCGACAAGCUGAUGGGGGAAACGGCUGCUUCAGCUGCGGCAGCUUGGAGCACCGACAGAAGGCCUGUCCUCUCAGAGAUAUGCAAAGGAAGAACAGUUUUGGGCCUAAAGCCAAGAGUCUGGGCAAGAAAGCUUCCCAUUAUCUAGCAAAGCCUGGAGCCAAGAAGAAGUCUGGAGCAGCAAACGGAGCAAAGAAAAGAGCUGCUCAUGCUCUGUGAACUGUCAUCAGGUUAUUUUUGUAACUUUUACGAAAAUUAAUUUUUUCCAUAUUUGUUAAAACUGACACCAUGUCUUGACAAAAUAAUAU